AUGGCGGACCCACCCGCGGGAGGGCCCGAACCCCUUCCCACAAACACCCAAGGAAGCAUCACCAGUUUCUCAGUUGAGGAUUUCCAGCCUCGAGUAUCGAUCGACCCAGCCCAGAUCAUAGGGAAAAGAACGAGAAAUGGUGAAGCCUACACGCCCACCGAGGGCACAGGCCGGAUCACAACCCGAGAAGUGUGGAAGCUUAUCGACAGCCUCAAGGACAUUAUCCACCGCCAAACCACACUUAUCGAGUCUACCAAAGCUGACCUCGAAGAGGUCAAGCACGACCAGAACGUCCUCCGAGAGCAGAACGAUAAGCUCCAUGAAGAACCAAACCCGCCUAGAACAUGGGCAGCGAUCGCAGCUAGUGGUACAAGUGACCCGCAGCUAAGCCCCCGACGACCAGAAAAGGACCUGAACUGCGUCCGCAUCAGCACACAGAGAUCAUUUGUAGACCCGAGAGACAAUGAGAACACGCUGUUGAGCGCUCCUUCGACUCAAGAUACCCAAGUGGCCGGCAUUGGCAUAACUAAAACGGGAUAUUUGAUUCGCUUCAAAAACUCAGACUCGGCCGAGGCAGCCCGCAACAACACUGAAUGGUUGAACGAGCUAGGAAACGACACGAAACUAGUUAAACCACGAUUUGGGGUAGUCGUACACCGGACUCCGACAGAGGACUUCGACUUGGAGAACGCGGGCGCUCGGGCCGUUCAAAAAGUUAUAGAAGAAAACGACUUGGCAGAACAUGGCUUCCACAUCGAAGAACUAGCCUGGCUCAAACGGAAGGACAAGAAGGAGCCGAAUAUAUCCUUAAUAACGGCCUCCUUGUUGGACAAAGACAAAUCGGCAGUGUGGAACGCCGUGAAAUCAAGAAAAAGAGGUGCUUCCGGUGCCAACAUUUUGGACACCUGGCGUGGUCGUGCAAAGAAACACCACGCUGUGGUCACUGUGCUGGCCAACAUGAACGCCAACGAUGCCCACCAGGAGUUCGAGCCCGGUGCCUCGACUGCAGUGGUGAACAUACCACUGGUGACCGACAAUGCCCGAGCCCCGCAACUUUCAACCCCCGCCAAUGCUAGAGACAAACCUACGAAUACUACAGUUGAAUAUGAUGAAAUCUGGCCCGAGGAUGGAGGCCCUCAUCAACGACCACCAAAGCCAGGACUUGGAUAUACUCCUAAUCCAGGAACCAUCUAUCACUUCCUACCGAACAUAUCUGAAUCCCAGACACUAAUAUUUUCGGUGUAUAUCCCACCCGUCCCGCUCUUCGCUUCGGAUAAUACAUCAGCAGAGCCAGCGCUCACAGCAAUUCAAAACACAAUUUCAAACGCUACCCAGGAUAGUCAAAGGUCAACAAGCGUCAUCCUCGCUAGAGACUUCAACCGCCACCACCCGACCUGGGGAGGCAACCAUAUCCCGCCGCGGUUCAUUGAGGACGCAAUCGACCUGGUUAACUUUUUACAAACUAACAGACUACAUGGCUGUCUCCCAAGAGGGACGGUGACCUACUGGUCCCUGAAUCGCCCAGGGAGAAACUCCACAAUCGACCAAACAGUGACAGAUUACCCAGAUCGUCUAGUCAAAUGCCACCUCUACCACAAAAACUACGGGUCUGACCAUCGGGCCACGUAUUCGGAGUGGAAUCUCCAAACCCAACAGAACUCAAUUCGUAAAAGAAAGACCUACACCCGUGCAGAUUGGACAAAAAUUGGCCAUGAAAUACAGGAGCAGAUUGGGCCAUGGAAAGAAAUCAAAACUCGACCAACCCUCGACGGCACGGUCCAGAAACUCAUAGACACCACAACGGAAGUCAUGAACCGGCACACACCCGACACACGCCCAACUCCUUAUUCCAAGCGGUGGUUUACGCCAGACCUCAAAUACCAACAGACCAAUGUCAACAAGGGUGGUGUCCCAGCCUUGAAAGUGAACGACCACGAAGUCACCGAGAAUGAGGAAAAAGCGCAGGCCUUCCUAGACUCCUUCUUUCCUGAAAUAAACACACCAGCGGCCGAAAUGUCAACGGCAGCAACGGUGGAACUCCCAUGGCAGCCGAUCACGGAACUGGAGGUUCAAAGAUCUCUUCAGACUGCCAAAGGAGCCACCGCGCCCGGAGAAGACAACCUACCAAUGGUGUGGCGGAGCGCGAAGAUUGUGGUACUGAGGAAGCCCAGGAAACCAGACUACUCGAUUCCUAGUGCCUAUCGCCCAAUCUCACUCCUCAAUACACUAGGCAAGCUCCUAGAAGCCGUCAUUGCCAAACGACUUUCACAUCUUGCAGAAAAGCAUAGGUUACUACCGGACACACAAUUUGGUGGCCGCCCAGGAAGAACCACAGAACAAGCCCUGCUCGUGCUUUCAAACGCGAUCGACCAGGCCUGGUACAAGCACAAAGUAGUAACCCUCAUCUCAUUCGACCUAAAAGGAGCCUUCAACGGAGUCAACAAGACGAGUCUAGACACCGCUCUACGAGCCAGAAGGAUCCCAGCCAUAGCCCGCAAAUGGAUUGCAAGCUUUAUAGUAGACCACCACGCUAGCAUAGGAUUUGACGACUAUCGUACUGUGAACGCACCGCUAGCCAACGCUAGGCUUGCGCAAGGGUCGCCCCUAUCGCCCAUCCUAUUUGCAUUCUUUAACGCUGAGCUUGUCAACCAACCGGUCAACCGUGACGGGGGCGCCUCGGCGUUCAUCGAUGACUACUUCCGCUGGCGAGUGGGCCAGUCAGCUGAAGAAAACUUAGCCAAACUACAGUCCGAAGAUAUUCCACGUAUUGAAGCCUGGGCGCGCCGGACCGGGUCCUGCUUCGCCGCAGAAAAGACCGAGCUCAUCCACCUCACCCGGAAGAAAGGAGACCACCGGCAAGGCCAGAUCGUUGUGAACGGAACAACUGUGGCGCCCUCACCUACAGCGAAGCUGCUAGGCGUGGUUUUUGACCAGGAGCUACGGUGGAAGGAACACGUACAACAGGCUAUAAAGCGCGCAACCAAAACCACUAUUGCUCUAUGCGGGUUGCGUCACUUGCGGCCCGAACAGAUGCGACAGCUUUAUCAGGCAUGCGUCACGCCGGUCGUCGACUACGCGUCAACCGUAUGGUACGACCCGUUAAGAGACAAGACCCAUCUGCGACACCUGAACACAGUACAGAGAAGCUCGCUGAUCCGCAUCCUAUCGGCGUUCCGAACGGUGGCUACAACAACCAUGGAAGUAGAAGCACACAUUCUUCCCACCCAUCUUCGCCUUCGACACCGAGCCCAGCGCACCAUCGCCAGUCUUCACACACUACCACGGGACCAUCCGAUCUGGCACACACUCACACGAGCCCACCGACGUAGAAACAACACUGGAUCGUAUGCACGCUUCCCCUUGGCGGAAGCACUGAAGACCAUGAGCGUCGAGAGAUUGAGCGAAGUGGAAACAAUUGACCCACGACCACUACCCCCGUGGCGCCUCGACCCUUUCACAGAGGUCGAGGUUGGCUUAGACCGAGAGGCAGCGAGACAACGCGCCGACGCCAUCCGAUCAAAAUCGGACAUAGUCGUCUACUCGGAUGCGUCCGGUCGUGAUGGCCAGCUGGGAGCAGCCGCCGUAACAAUAGACAACAACUUGGAGGUAGUCGAAUCACAGCAAGUCCAGGUGGGACCGAUGGACCGCUGGUCAGUUCACGUGGCGGAGCUGAUUGGCGUCUUUUAUGCGAUCAAUAUGAUCUUCAAAAUAGCACACCAGCGAGAUGGGGCGGGAGAUCGAGAGACAACCGCGACAAUCCUCUGCGACAGCAAGUCAGCGUUACAAGCGAUCCAGAACGUAAAAAAGAAGUCAGGACAACGGAUUGUUCAUGCGAUCCACCACGCCGCCACUGAGGUCCAAGCCGCAGGCGUUACACUACGCCUGCAGUGGGUGCCAGGGCAUUGUGAUAACCCAGGCAAUGAAGCCGCAGAUCGAUUGGCGAAGGAGGCUGCCAGCCCAGGCAAAUCACACUCCUUCCGGCCGCUGCUCACAAGAGAAAAGGCGUCCAUUCGUAGUAAUAUCAUCGCCCAGUGGGAACAUGAGUGGAGAUCAACCAAUAAAGGCGGCCAUCUGAGGAAGAUCGAUAACACUCUGCCGUCGGCAUACACCAGGAAGUUGUACGGAAACCUGGCCAGGGGCCAGGCAUACUUGUUGACUCAGCUACGCACGGGCCAUAACUGGCUAUCCACCUACGCUAAGCUCUUUCGGUUCCGCGAAGACGAUCAGUGCGUGUGCGGCGCGCAAGAAACAGUGACCCAUGUCCUGGUAGAUUGCCCAAUCUUGAAGGAUCUACGAAGGGAACUGAGACAGAAAGUGGGGGACGCGUUCAACAGCGUGUCGAGUCUGCUGGGAGGCUCAAAACAAGGUGAGCAAGGUAAACCAGACACCGUCUCGAGGGCGAAGACGGUCCAGGCCGUAUUGGACUUCGCCGAGGCGUCACAACGGUUUCGCAGUCGCGCGCCACUAGGGCAGCCUAACAGUGGAAGCGGCAAUUAG